GUUGCAGAGCGGAUAAUUGCACCACCAAAAUCUGAGUACAGAUGCCGUUUAUCCAUCAUGUGCCAGUAUUUGUGUGACGUAAAGUUGAAGUUUACGAUACCAGGAAAAGCAUUUGUUCCACCCCCGGAAGUUGAUGUCGGUGUUGUCAAGUUUGUGCCAUUGAAAGAACCACGAAUAAGGCAACCAUUCCCAUUGGUUGAGAAAGUCAGCCGUCAUCUUUUCCAUUUACCAAACAAAUUUAUCAUAAAAUCAGUUAGGACCCUGUUUCCAUUAGAGAGAGAAGAUCUUUGUUGUGAAUUAAUGGAACUGUGCCAACUCAAGCCUGAGAUGCCAGCAUAUGAACUAUCUGUUGAAGAUGUUGGGAAACUGUGUGAUGCUUAUGCUAGAAUAGUGGAAAGAGAACCUGAUAUUUUGACUUAUGACUUCAGAACUAAGACUAAUGCAAAGAUAAGGAAGAACAAAGAUUAUAUCAUUAGUGCCUUUGAAAAUAAGAUUUUAAACGGUGACCUGGAUACAGAACAGUUCUCUACAGAAUCCAGUGUGAACACUCAGAAUUAA